GAGAUGUAUAACCCAUAGGAAUUUAAAAGGGAAAAUAAAACCAAGAAAGACCCUUGUUAGUUGCUAGAAUUGAUUUUGAUUCUCCAACACAAGCAAAACCAAAAAAAAAAAAAAAUGGGGCUAUUUUCAUCAUCUUCAUCAAGCUCACAACCAAAAGGGAUAGUAAUAACAGUACCAAUUCUAAUACUUGCUCUAUCUUCUUCUGCCAUUUUUCUCUUCUUCUUGCUCUCUUCUCUCUCCUCCUCUUGCUCUUGUCCUUCUCCUCCCACCCUCUCCGGAUCUUUCCGCGAACCUUCUGGAACAUCUCAAGAAAGGGUUUCAACAACAACUGAAGAUAUUGAAUGGGUUAAGAAUCAAAUUCAAAUUAAUGGAUUGCAUAUGCAAGAUAAUAUCUUGCGUAAAGGGAUUAAUCCUCGUACCAGGGCUCAACAGCUUCAAGAUCUCCAACAGUACAAGGGUAUAUCUCAUUACGAAGGAGAUGAAGCUAAUAACCACACAGCUUUGCCCUGCCCUGGUGAGCUUCUCGUUGAAGAGCACCAUAGCAACUAUGGUGAGCCAUGGGCUGGCGGCAGAGAUGUGUUUGAAUUCCUUGCCGAGUCUGCCCACCUUAGUCCAGAUUCCCAAGUUCUUGAAAUCGGAUGUGGGACCCUCCGAGUGGGGUUGCAUUUCAUUCGUUACUUAAAACCCGAGCAUUUCCAUUGUCUAGAGAGAGACGAGUUAUCUCUUAUGGCAGCGUUUAGGUAUGAGCUUCCAUCGCAAGGUCUAUUACACAAGAGACCCAUAAUUGUCAAAGGUGAAGACAUGGAUUUUAGCAGAUUCGAAUCUGGGAUUGUCUACGAUUUGAUAUAUGCUAGUGCCGUUUUUCUUCAUAUGCCUGAUAAACUUGUUUGGCUUGGGUUAGAGCGGUUAGCAGAUAAAUUAAAGCCAUACGAUGGACGUAUAUUUGUGUCUCACAACAUAAAGUUCUGUUCUCGACUUGGUGGGGACGAGUGUACAAAGAGGCUGGCAAGGUUAGGGCUCGAGUAUGUCGGGAAGAAAACACAUGAUAGUCUUCUUUUCAAUCACUAUGAAAUUUGGUUUGAGUUUCGGCGAGUAAAGGCUUAGCUGUUCGAUCCAUUUCUAUCCCGCAAUAUGCACAAAACAGGACAAAGAAUUUCCGAAUUUGUAAUUUCAGGAGAUCGUACCAUUACGCUGACUAAAAUUUCUGUUAAGACGGGGGACUUCUUUUGUUCGCUAAGUGUUGAACCAUUGCACCUUGCUUCGGGAAAGUUCAUUGAAAAUUUGAUGGUUGGGUGGUGAUUCUUUCUUUUGUUUACUGUUAGCUGUAUAAUUCUUUGUAGAAGGUAACGAUUAUAUUUAAGCAAAAUCCGAAUAUUCGGUUAUGUAUAUCGAAAAUUAUUUUUGCGCCUCAUGUUACAAGUAAAAUUGAACCUUUGGUUA